UAUGAAUUGAACAAUAUAGGCAUUUCAUUUUUGUAUUUUAGCGUAUAAAACCAAAACCCUCUUUCCCUCAAUUCCAUACUUCACUCUCUCCGCCUAAUCCAUAAACCUUAUCUCUUCAUUCCAAUGGAUUCUCAAACCCUAUCUUCUUCUUCUUCUUCUCAAUUUCACGAACCAAUUAACGGUGCCGUUAACGGUCACGGUUCCGAUUCCGAUGACGGUUUUGUUAGCGGCGAAGAGGAGUCUGAACCUUCCAGGCCAAUUCUCGUCAAUCCAGACACCGUCAAAUCUACCGUUGUUGAAGAAGAAGAGAGUUUCGAUGAUGUUUCUCCGAGACCUAUUGCGAAAGUGACAGCUGAUGAUGAAGAUGAAGCGGAGGAGGAAGAUUUGGAGAAUGGCGGCGAUGAUAGCGAUGAAAAUUUUGUUGAUGAAGUGAAGGAGGAUGAGGUUUUUGUUGAGGCGAACGAUGGGAAUGAGGUUUUUGUGGAGGCUGAUGAUAAGGGUUUUGAGGAGGGUGAUGGUGGAACCGUUGUAACCAAUAAUUUGGAUUCUGCGGUUUUGGGUGAUGGUGGAACUGUUGAAACUAAUAAUUUGGAUUCUGAGGUUGUGGGAUUGGUUUCUGGUGAUAAUUCGGGGGUUGGUGUUGUUGAAAAUGGCGAUGGUGGCGGUGAUGGUGAUGAGAAGUUUACGAGUGAUGGAGAUGUUGUAGUUGAUACACUGCAAGUUAAUCCUUUGGUGGAUGGAGGUGUUGCUGUUGUGGGGGGUGAAGAGGAAGUUAAGGUGUCUGAAAUUGAAGAGGUAGUGGCGCCUGCACCUGUUGUGAACCUUGAUAAUACUUUUGAACCUAUUGAGAAGGUUGGUGGGGAAGGUGUUUUUGAUGUGGUUGGUGGUAGUUUUGAAUCGUUUGAGAAGGGCGGUGAAGGUGUCGUGGAUGAUGAAGUUGUUGGUGGGGAUGCUGAGCCUGCUGGUGUUGAUGAUGGUGGUGUACGUGAGCAGACGAGUGACAUUGCUCCUACUGAUAAGGUUGGCGAUGUUGUUGAUGAAGGGGUUGUUGUAGAUGCCGAACCUGGUAACGUUGAUGAUGAUGUUGCCCAUGAGCAACUGAGUGACAUUGUUCCUACUGAGAAGGCUGGUGAUGUUGUUAUUGAUGAGGUUGUCGGUGGGGAUGCCGAGCCUGAUCAGGUUGUUGACAUUGGAGUUGAUGAUGGUGUUGCACGUGAGCAAGUGAGUGACGUUGCUCCUAUUGAGAAAGGUGAAGAAAGUUUAGAAGUUGUGAGUCGGAGUUUGGAGGCUGAGGAAGAUGGGAUAAGCAUAGAGGGUCGUGCUGUUGAGGGUGAAAUUGAGAGCCGUGUUGAUGGUGCUGUUGAGGAGGAAGAAGAGAGCAAUGUUGUUGAGGUGGAAGAAGAGAGCAAUGUUGUUGAGGUGGAAGAUGGGAGCAAUGUUGAUAAUGUUGUUGCAGAGGAAGAGGAGAGUAAUGUUGAUCGUGUUGUUGAGGUGGAAGAUGAGAGCCAUGUUGAUACUGCUGUUGAGGAGGAAGCGGAGAGCAAUGUUGACCGUGUUGUUGAGGUGGAAGAUGGGAGCCAUGUUGAUAAUGCUGUUGAGGGGGAGGCUGAGAGCAAUGUUGAUCGUGUUAUCGAGGUGGAUGAUGGCAGCCAUGUUGAGGCUGCUGUUGAUCAUCACGUUGACAGAGAGAUUGAUGACUCGGUGUCGGAUACGAAGGAUGAAUCAAUGAUCUUUGGAGGCUCCGAUUCUGCUAAUAAAUACUUGGAGGAAUUGGAGAAGCAAAUUAGGGCAAGUGAGAGUUCACAGGAUGACAGAAUUGAUGGCCAGAUUGUAACUGACUCAGAUGAGGAAGUGGAAUCUGAUGAUGAAGGAGAUAGCAAGGAGCUCUUUGAUACUGCUACUUUGGCUGCUCUCUUAAAAGCAGCAUCUGGAGCAGGAGGUGAAGAUGGCGGCGGUAUCACUAUAACUGCUCAAGAUGGAUCAAGGCUUUUCUCUGUCGAGCGCCCUGCUGGUUUGGGACCAUCACUUCAGACAGGUAAACCUGCGGUACGGUCAAACCGUCCCAAUCUUUUUGGUCCUUCCAUGAGUAGAGCUGGUACUGUUGUUUCUGAUACCAAUUUGAGCGUAGAAGAGAAGAUGAAACUGGAGAAAUUGCAGGAAAUUAGGAUAAAAUACCUAAGAAUGGUUCAGAGACUAGGUUUUACUACUGAAGAAUCAAUAGUAGCGCAGGUUUUGUAUCGGUUUACACUUGCCGCAGGGAGACAAACUGGUGAAAAUUUCAGCCUAGAUGCUGCUAAGGAGAGUGCUUCCCGGCUUGAAGCCGAGGGAAGAGGUGAUUUUGGAUUUUCUAUAAAUAUAUUGGUUCUUGGUAAAACUGGCGUGGGAAAGAGUGCUACGAUAAAUUCAAUUUUUGGUGAAACCAAGACCAGCUUCAGUGCAUAUGGUCCCGCUACUACUGCUGUGACAGAAAUUGUUGGAAUGGUUGAUGGAGUGAAAGUAAGGGUCUUUGACACACCAGGUUUGAAAUCUUCUGCAUUUGAACAAAGUUACAACAGAAAAGUCUUGUCUAAUGUGAAGAAAUUGACCAAAAAUUCUCCCCCUGAUAUUGUUCUUUAUGUGGAUCGCCUCGACCUACAAACUAGAGAUAUGAACGAUUUGCCCAUGUUGAGAUCAGUUACUACUGCCCUUGGUCCAUCGAUAUGGCGAAAUGUGAUAGUCACUCUGACUCAUGCUGCCUCUGCUCCUCCGGACGGGCCAUCAGGUUCCCCACUAAGUUAUGAUGUAUUUGUUGCUCAAAGAACUCAUAUUGUUCAACAAACCAUUGGUCAAGCUGUUGGUGACCUACGUCUUAUGAAUCCAAGUUUGAUGAAUCCAGUUUCUCUUGUUGAAAACCAUCCUUCAUGUCGGAAAAACAGAGAUGGCCAGAAGGUGCUUCCUAACGGUCAAAGUUGGAGACCUCUGUUAUUGCUUUUAUGUUACUCAAUGAAGAUUCUCUCAGAUGCUGGUAACCUCUCAAAAACUCCGGAAACAGCUGAUAACCGCAGGCUGUUUGGUUUCAGAACCCGCUCCCCACCACUUCCAUACUUGCUGUCUUGGUUGUUGCAGUCACGUGCUCACCCCAAACUCGCUGAUCAAGGUGGGAUUGACAAUGGUGAUUCUGAUGUUGAAAUGGCUGACUUAUCUGAUUCUGAUGAAGAGGAAGGUGAAGAUGAAUAUGACCAGCUCCCACCAUUUAAGCCUCUUAAGAAGUCACAAAUUGCUAAGCUUAAUGGAGAACAGAAAAAGGCAUAUCUUGAGGAGUAUGAGUACCGAGUGAAACUUUUGCAGAAGAAGCAAUGGAGAGAGGAGUUGAAAAGGAUGAGAGAGAUGAAGAAAAGAGGAGGUAAAACUGUUGAAAAUGAUAAUGGCUUUAUGGGGGAAGAAGAUGAAGAGAAUGGAAGUCCAGCAGCUGUGCCUGUACCAUUGCCUGAUAUGACGUUGCCACCAUCCUUUGAUAGUGAUAAUCCAGCCUAUAGAUACCGUUUCUUGGAACCAACUUCCCAGUUGCUGACAAGGCCGGUCUUGGACACCCAUAGUUGGGACCACGACUGUGGUUAUGACGGUGUUAACAUUGAAAACAGUGUGGCCAUCAUCAACAAAUUCCCGGCAGCAGUUACUGUUCAAGUAACAAAAGACAAGCAAGAUUUCAGCAUUCACUUGGAUUCAUCGGUUGCCGCUAAACAUGGAGAAAAUGGAUCGACCAUGGCAGGCUUUGACAUUCAGAACAUUGGAAAGCAGAUGGCAUACAUUGUUAGAGGCGAGACCAAAUUCAAAAAUUUCAAAAGAAAUAAAACUGCAGCUGGAGUAUCUGUGACAUUUUUGGGUGAAAAUGUGUCCACCGGUGUGAAACUUGAGGAUCAACUAGCACUGGGGAAACGAUUGGUAUUAGUGGGGAGCACUGGGACCGUGCGGUCUCAAGGUGAUUCUGCUUAUGGAGCCAAUGUUGAAGUGAGGCUUAGAGAGGCAGAUUUUCCAAUUGGACAGGAUCAGUCUUCAUUGAGUUUCUCUCUGGUGCAGUGGAGAGGUGAUUUAGCCUUGGGAGCCAAUUUCCAGUCACAGAUUUCUCUUGGGCGAAGCUAUAAGAUGGCGGUUCGUGCGGGAUUGAACAACAAGCUUAGUGGACAGAUCACUGUGAGGACAAGUAGUUCAGACCAACUUCAGAUUGCCCUUAUUGCUAUGCUUCCAAUUGUCAGGACUCUCUACAAGAACUUCUGGCCUGGUGCUAGUGAGAAAUACUCCAUCUAUUGAGUUCUUUUGCAUAUGCUGCCAGUUAAGGAUGUAGACUAUGAGGUUUGAGUGAGGUGGUUUAUGCGAAUUAGGAAUACAUGGCUUUAGCGGCAAUUCUUCUUCCUUGUCAAGGUAUUGAUAUCUUAGAAAAUAAAAUUAAAUGGGCUGUGAAUUAGGAAACAAUGUCUUUAGCAAUGCUCAGGUUUUGUGAACUGGAUUUAGAGUUGCAAAGAGGUUUUACAGUUCCCAGCAAAUCAACUUGAAAUUUUGUUUGUUGUUUCACUCAAUGACUAUUCAUAAUAUUGUAUGGCUAAGUUUCUCCCUUGGUUUCAAAUAUUUAUUUUACUCCUAGAAUUGUGGAGUUCGAUAUUAUUGAUUUUGAUUUAUGGAAAAACUUGGGUGGAGUGCUCAA